AAUUUCACUAAUUGCUUCCCAACUGCCAUUAGCGGUCUCAAUAAGCGGAUUAACCGUAACGUCUCAAAACGCAGGGGUUUCGCUUUAGGAAGUGAUUAAGGCGUUCGCUUUUGUCCGAAGAGCAUUUCACGGUGAGGCUGUGAGCAACAGUCCAACAUUCGACAACAGAGAGCCGACUCGAGCGUACACCGCCCGCUCUGCCGCGUCCGACUUUUCCCGCGCGCGGCUGAAAAUUUCCCGAACGCGUUCAUUAUUAAAUUUAAAAAGUUAGUUUUGUUUUUAAUUUGCUUUUUUAACUGUGUCAGUGGCGAUAUAUAACAGUUUUAUGAAAAGUGAGAAACGCUAAGUGUGUGCAAAAUGGUGUUAAGUGUGAGGUGGCUGGUGAUUUGCAGUGUUCUUCUAGUCAUUAGACAAGCUGACUGCGCGGUACCUCAAGAAGAUUCCUCAGAGGCAUCAACUGAGAUCUCCGUGGUGUCUGUCAGUUCAUCCAGCUCCACUGAAGUACACGAAGGGUCCGGAGACGACCCUCCAGAACCGUCAGUUACGUCUAUCGCAAAGAAUGAGACAAGAGAAGCCCUCAAGACGGAUGGUAGCGAACAAGAUCCUGUGGUGUUCCUAUCAGAGAAGAACAGCUACAUUCCAGUAAGCAUCAAGCCCCGGUCUCCCCCCGCGGAUACUCCAUGGCGGGAACCUCCAGCGUGGGAGCGCGAGUACCGUCGUCAUCGGACAAACGGCAGUCGAGUACAAUAUAUCGAGGCAGAGUGCCAAGACGACUUCAUGAAGAUUAGAGUGGGCUUCAAUGGGUCAUUUGCAGGCCUGGUUUAUUCAGCAGGAUACUCGUACGAUCCAGACUGCAUGUACAUCAACGGGUCCGGGCGCGACUAUUAUGAGUUCUACAUCCAGCUGAACCGCUGCGGCACGUUGGGGAGGAACAGCCAGCAUGACGACUCGAGGAAACAUCCCACUAAGAACCUGAUGUGGAACACAAUCACGGUGCAGUACAAUCCGCUGAUCGAGGAGGAGCUGGACGAGCACUUCAAGGUCACCUGCGAGUACGGAUACGACUUCUGGAAGACAGUCACCUUCCCUUUCUUGGACGUCGAAGUGGCGACAGGCAAUCCGGUGGUAUUUACGCUACAACCACCAGAGUGCUACAUGGAGAUCCGUGCUGGCUACGGCGCGAGCGGAGCCCGCGUGUCUGGCCCCGUGAGGGUUGGAGACCCUCUGACGUUGCUUAUCUACAUGAGGAGUUCUUACGAUGGGUUCGACAUCGUGGUAAACGAUUGCUUCGCACAUAACGGGGCCACGAAACGUAUUCAACUUAUUGACGAACAUGGGUGCCCAGUGGACGACAAGCUAAUCUCCCGCUUCCGCGGCUCCUGGUCCGAAGCGGGCGUGUUCGAGACUCAAGUGUUCGCGUACAUGAAGACGUUCCGGUUCACAGGAUCGCCGGCUUUGUACAUCGAGUGCGACGUGCGGAUGUGUCACGGGAGAUGCCCGUCUCAACCAUGUCACUGGCGCAACAUGAAAUCGGUGCGUCGGCGCUCAGUAGAAACGCCCGCGCCUCCAAGGUUGUCCGAGAACAUCUCGCUGUUCCAGUCACUCCGUGUAUUGCAAGAGGGAGAGGAGGAUAGCGAACUCGCCGCCAGCAGUCGUCCAGUGGAAGGCCAGACGUGUCUAAAAACCUCCGCAUUGUCGGCCAUGCUGGUGUCAUGCGGCGUACUCAUCGCAGCCCUAGUGGGGGCUCUACUAGUAGCCGCUCGAGGCUGGAGGAGACGAGAAGCACGUACGCCGCACCACGCUUAUGUACCGCAUAAGGGGCGGAUAAAGUAAAUGUUCAUGCUAGAUUAGGUUAGAUAAUUAAAAUAGGCAUGAAAUUCUCUAAGAUGGCCUUCAGGUUUACAAUAUUUCAGGUUGUUCUGUCACUUACCUAUUCACCUUUUCGUGCAAAGUAGUCAGGUCUUAGGUCGCAGGCCGCCGCUGUCGUCCAAAACAGGUUCAUUCAAGUCCGUGCGUCCAGUCCGCGGCCUUCCGACUUGGUCCCUUAUGCAGCAUACAGUGUCACUUUCUAUAAAACGUUUACUGUCUUCUGUUCCCAUAACCCUCGCAUUGUCCACCAUGCUGUUAUGCUCGGUUAGGAAGGAGGCCCGUUCCCCGCAUCACGCUAUGUAUCGCAUGAGGGACGGAUAAACUAAAUGUUUUUAGUAGGCUAGAUUAAGUUGUGAUGUUUAAAAUAUGCCACUAGAGUUGCCUUUAUGUCCAGGAGUCCUACACAAGUAUUUUCAAGUCAAAAUAAGACAUUUUAAAGUUUAAGGAAAACCCUUUUAGAUAAAUAUGGCCUUUAAGAAAACAAUGUAUGAAAUAGUUCUGUCACAUCCUUGAAUAUGUCUCAGCUUUAGUGAGCUAAGGUUUUGGAUCUAUGAAUUUAGUAGUUAAAAUUUUUACGCAAAUACAUGGUGCUCAGAGAAAUAAUUAUUGGUUGUUUUAAGCCUUAAGCCCUCGUAGGCCGGAACACAAUUCCGCGUACGAAACUAUUAGAAAAUAAUAAUCCCGGCAUACAAAAGGUUAAGCCAUAUAAAAUGGAUCUAAUAGCCAAUACUCAGACAAUGAAGAAAACUAACUGUAGGUAUUACAAUAUAGGGCAUUUGAAGCUCGUAGAUACGAGGUGUAAAAUAUAAAUAUAGCAGUAAUCUUAUGGUUUAUAUUGCCUGCUAUUUAGAUGGACAAAUAGACCCAAUUGGUAUCGAUUGAAAGCGUAUUUCCAUAUAUGCCCAGGUGGUUGUUUUGGAUCUUCUGAAAUAUUAACUCAUACUUAUCAACAUUUCGUUUGCCGCUAUCCAAAUGUAGUAUUGAAUCGGUGACCCUGAUAAAUUUUAAGUCCAUAUGGUUGGAACGAUUCGAGUAAAAGUUAAUAAGUUGUUGAGUAGGGGAAUAUUAUAUCCCUUAGAAAUUUGGAACAUUUUUUAAGACAUAGUUCUGGGCAUAUAUCGAACAAUUUUAGAAUAUUAUUUGACAUUUAAUAGUUUAGAUUCUUUGCGUAGGUUAAAUUUACUCAAUUAUUUUUUUUACUUAAGUUUAAUGUAAAAUAUUGACAAAUUGAGAGGAUUUAUAUUUUUCAUUUAAAAUAUACCUCCUUCUGUUUGUCUGUCUACAGCUAAGUUAAGUUUAAACCAGAAUUCUCUCAGUAAAGUUGUGAUAAAACGAUACAAACCUAUUUGUAUAAGUGUAAUACAUUUCUAAUUUAUAGAAUAAUAAAUUAUAGAACUCUAUAUGUUAUUUAUAAGUAUUUAUAUACAAUUUAUUAUAAGUUAGAUUUUGUAGGUACGUACAAAAUGUUUGUAAAUAUUAUUUUAGGUUAUAUUUUUAGACUAUCUUUUAUAACUUUUGUACUACUGAAACUGCCUAUUGUGAAAUCGAUUUAAUAAAUAAAAACCUAAAUGCGACUUAUAUUAUUUUCAUGUGUACCUAACCUUGAAAGUUGUAGCUUUCCAAGUAAAAUAAAACAACGUUUCAACAACACAAAGUAUAAUAAAAUACGUUUGUAAGUACAUUACAUGAUUCAUAACAAAAACAACUUAGA